AUGCCUUUCAUUCAGGACUCGCACCUUCCUCUUUCGUCGUUUGUUAAGACGCAUAUCGACAUCCCGGAUUAUCUCGACCCGUCCUUAUCUCCCUAUACCAUAAUGGAUGGCGGGUCCCCAACCCACGGAGACGUGUAUAGACAAGCCUCCGUCGGCACUUUCUCAACUUCUGAAGCUUUAGAACUUGCUCGAGAAAGUGAGGAAGCUGCUGAAGAUCCAAUCAUCGUCGGUAUUUUGGAGGUCGCCAUCAACAACAUCUGGAUUAAGAUUCAACAGCAACCUACAUCGUAUGUCAUGACCACAGGAACCGAUGAUCUGUUUGACUCGAGAGAUGUUCAUGUCGAUGCUGAUUUCCGACUGCUUGGGACCAAUUAUGAGCCUGACAGGAAUAUUCGAACAACCACCAAAAACUUCAAAAUAUAUCUUCUCGUUUUUUUGACCUGUGGUCUGUCAUUGAUAUGGCUUUUACCAUCAUGUCUUUCAAACGAGAAGGUCGAUACAUUACCGAAACCUCAUCUGGUCAAAUAUUCUUCUACUCCCGCACCAUCUGCCACGCCUUCUUCCGCCGUGCUUGAAGUAUUUCAAGUGUAUCAACCAGUUCUCAUCCCUCCUGGUGUUACCGAUGAGACGGCAUCAUACAAUGGAGUGGAGGAUACGGCGAUAAUUGCGUCGACGAAUGAUGCUACUAGCUGCAAGGUUGUUUUGAUGGAACACACCUUUGGCUACAGCUAUGGCAUCCCCUUUGUUGGCAAUUACACACCACCUGGCUGCAAGUUCAACAGAGUGGUUAUGAAUUUCACCGUCACUUCAAGUGGUCGUCAAUUCGAUCGGCUCGCAAUAAUGUACUUUGGCGACUCCGAGGUUUGGAGAACAUCUACCGCAGAACCAACUACUGCUGGAAUCAGAUGGGAAUAUCUUAAGGAUAUGACCGAAUAUCUUUAUUUUUGGAACUCUCCUCAAACUCUCAUUUUCGAUCUUGGAAACUUGAUCGAUAGCACCUACACUGGAUACUACUACACCACUCUUACAGCUACUUUCUUCACGAGUCAAGAAACUGUCGAACCGGCUGAUUUGAUUCUUCCCAUUUCCGCAAGACAUGGUGCAGACGAUUCUGUGAGCGUCUUCACGUUACCAGGCGACAAUGCUACCAACACGAUUGCAUUUCCACGAAAUGCCAAUCGUGCUGUUUUUUCCAUUUCAGCAUGUGGUCAGUCAACCGAGGAAUUUUGGUGGGGCAAUGUGCUUCAGUCGGAUAUCGAAGCAUUUGAGGACUACGACGGAACACUUUAUGGAUAUUCACCAUUCCGUGAAGUCCAAGUGUUGAUCGAUGGUCAACUAGCUGGAGUGCAAUGGCCGUUUCCCGUCGUCUUUACUGGUGGUAUUGUACCAGGGCUUUGGAGACCAAUUGUAGGGCUUGAUGCUUUUGAUCUUCGAGAACACGAGAUUGAUAUCACUCCUUGGUUACCGAUUCUCUGCGAUGGAUCUGAGCAUACAUUCGAAAUCCGAGUCGCGGGUGUUAUAGAUGAUGAGGAAGGAAGUGGUACACUCAUUGAUACAGUCGGUAGCUACUGGCUUGUCACAGGGAAAAUCUUCAUUUGGCUUGACUCCAAUGACUCUGUCACCACCGGUACAGCACCCAAAAUUUUUCUUCCAGCUCCCAUCAUCACCACCUCGCACGUUCUUACUCAAAAUGCAUCUGGGGCAAAUGAGACACUCACUUACAUAACUAAUGUCCAACGUUCGCUCUCUAUUUCAUCCACUAUUAUCACGGAAAAUGGCACUACCACCUCUACAUGGACACAAGAACUAAGCGCCCUAAACUAUGGCCAGUACACCGCUUUCGGCGCCAUCCAAAUAAACAAUGCAACAACCUACGGUAUCGAUACCUCGAAACUAGGAAGUUCCACAAAAUACAAAUCCGAAUACACAUACCCUGUCUGGGUAAACACAACAUACCUAGUCCUCUCCUCCACAAACUACACCCUCGAGGCCACCAUAACUCGUGGUCUCGACCUCGUCAUCUCCGGUGACUCCGUCUUCCCAUCCGGUCUCCAACCCUUUACCUACCUCCCCUCCUCCGCGCCUCUCAUCGCCGGUUUCUCAGGAACUCAUCUUUCAACCACUCAAGACGGAUCCGCCACCUAUCUAGGUACAUCUGCCGGCAGUUCUGGCUUCGGAAGUACCAAUCAGAUUUUCCAAUUCAGUGGACUAGAUAUCAAUAAUGAUGCUUCGGAUACGGAAUUAUAUUAUCGCAAUGUUCAAGCAGUUAAUUCAACUAUUGUGUAUGAUGAGGAAAGAUUAGUCGGCACCGAAAUUGGAAAAUACAGUAAUCCGAGACCCGGAGGUGCCUAUUUGAGUCAGAGUGUUAUGAGCCCUAAGGAAGCUAUUGGGAGGGGAAAGGGAAAUCCUAAACAGUUGCUUGUAGGUGGAGGUGCAUAG